AUGCGCGGAAACAACGCCCCAAAACUCGGCGUCCGCUACCCCUUCAAAAUCGGCAAGUCGCUCAAGACCAACCACGCGUCGCGCGACAUGCUGGCCCUCACCUUCUCCCUCAUCCCCCAAAAGGCCACGCUCUCGCAACCGGCCGUCCUCACCCCGCACAAGGACACCUGCCUCGUCCAGCUCCCCACGGCCGACCGCGCCUCCUCGGUCCACUUCUCCGGCACCCGCCGCCGCCACGGCGACUCCUCCGUCCACGACUACCUCCUCGUCCUCGUCGACGGCAAGAUCUGGCUCGAAAAGGCCUCGGAUUUGUUCUAUUCCAUCCGCCCCACUGACUCCCACCUCACAAGACCCCCGCCCGAGUACCCCGCCGAGCCGCAUCAUGACAGCAGCCCGGAAAGCUGGCGCCCCGACUCCGGCUCGCCCAUCACCCCCGAGGACGACGCCGCAGCCAUGUACACCGGCCAUGCCGCACUAGCCCCUACUCCGGGCACUGCCGGAAAGUCCACCCCACCCCCCAUUGGCUCGAGGGGACGCCUUGUCAUCAGGGGUGGUCGCGUCGCUCCGCCGAGACCACCCGCCGCCGUCAGCCCCUCCACAGCCACCAAGAGCGUUGGCACCAAGUCGGUCGGUGGCAAGAGUUACACCGACACGUACCGCAACGGAAGGAGACGGCCGGAGGACGAUGAUGACGACAAUAAUGAUGACCACGCUAGCUGCAGUUCCUCGGAGGAUGACGAUAGUAACUCGGACAGCGAUGAUUCCGACUCGUCGGAUUACACGGACGAGAGUUCGGAUGAAGAUUAACUUUUUGUCAGCCUCAUUCGCACUUGUUAACGUCACGCUGCACACCCACGACUGACUUGGGGGGGAGCGGGGGGGAUGGAGGAGGGAGGCGGGAUGGAGGGGAAGGGAGACGCAAUGGAUGGGAGGGGAAGGAGGAAAAUACGCUCUAGAAUGUGUGUGUGUGUGUUUUUUUUUUACUUGAGUUGCGAAUAGACUUACCGUAAUUUUACCAUGCACGAUGCCGACUAGACACAGAUUGCCUGCAAUAACAUAUACAGCACCAGGCGUGUCGCCAUCGGGCCCUCUGUAUGGAUGUAAAGCGCUGGAAGACAGCUUAACCUGACAA